AUGUACAAUGGUAUGCAAAAAAUGGCACGAAUUAACUGUAAAUUUUUGGAAAAAUUAUCAUUGGAAAGUUGUACUUUGAAUACAGAAUGUUGUAAAGAGAUAAGUAAUUGUAUUGAUAUAUCUGUAUUAAAUUUAUCUAUGUGUGGUGGAUUAAAUCUUACAGGUAUUUUAUCUGUACUUAAACUUAGAAGUUUAACUGAACUUAACGUAGCAUGGUGUUCAUUUAAUAAGCAACAAGUUGAUGUCAUUUGUAAAAUGCUUCCAUCAACCAUGACUCGUUUAAAUAUUUCUGGAUGUGAAGAAAAUAUGAGUGAUCUUAAUCUUUCAGACUUGAUAUUAUCUUGCCCAAAUAUAAAGGAAUUAGAUUUAAGUGAUAAUACAUCGCUCACUGAAGAUAUAUUUUCAGAAUUAACAAAUUUGCAUAAUUUGGAACAUUUGUCAUUGAGUCGUUGUUUUAAUAUAAAAUCAUUAUCAAAAUUGGAUUUAAAUUUGGUGCCAUAUUUCGAAUAUUUGGAUAUAUUUGAUUUAGAAUUAACAUCUGUGCCAGAUAAAUUAAAAAUUAAUCAAUUUUUAUUUACAUCCAUUGCAAGGCCCACGUUGAAAGAUCACAAAACUAUUUGGGGUCUUUACGUUAAAAGUUAA